AUUGAGGAAGUUUCUUCUAUUUGUAUUCCUUCUUUUCUUUUUUUUCUAUCACAUGAUCCACUUGCAUUCUACAUAAUGUGUCUUUGCAGCUUUUGAUACUCUCUAAGCAGACAUUAAAGCUCUUAGCCACCUUCAAACGAACCCCUUACUGUCCUUUCUUUAUUUUCUUUCUCUAAUCCCAUUCCUCUGUUUUUUCCCUAUAUAAACCUCUGUUUCCUCUGUUUUUCUUUGUGUGUAUGCAAAAAAUAUGUAUAGAAGAGAGAGUUCCGUGACAGAAACUAGGGUUCCUCAAAGAAGAACCCCUUCUUUCUCUUCAAGCCUUCUUGAUGCUAUUUACCGUUCUAUCGAUGAAUCAAGUAAUGGAGAUGAAGCAACAUUGUAUCAUUACAGGGAAACAAAAACAAACCUUGUUAAGGAGCAGAACAAUGCUUCUUUGGAAGAAGAGAGAAAGGUUUCCAGUCUUCGACGGGCUACUAUGAUUGAAAAUUGGGUUCAGAAGCAGAGUUGUCGUGGCUUAGCUGUGCAUUUCAACUCAACUUCAAGUUCCUCGGAUUCCAGCAGUGGCGGAAUCUUCUCAUCAUCCGAAGCUGAGUCAAGUUACACAGAGAAAUCAAGAAGAUCAAAACCAGCUAAACUCGACAAGUCUAUGCAGUCUAAAACAAGAAACUUUGACAACAGCAACAACAAUGGCAAGCGAGAAGGCGGUGGGUUCACAAAGACCAAACUGAAAGCUUUGAAAAUAUAUGGUGAAUUGAAGAAAGUGAAGCAGCCUAUUUCCCCUGGCAGUCGUAUCACUAACUUUUUUAACUCCAUUUUCAAUGCUAAUGCCAAGAAAUUGAAGAUGUGCUCCGUUGAGGUGUCAGAUGAUGUAAGUUUUGAACGCAAAUCAAAAUCCACAUGUUCAUCAGCCACUUCAUCUUCCAGGUCUUGUUUGAGCAAAACACCUUCUUCAAGAGGUAAUAAGUAUAGUAAUGGCAAGAAAAUGUCAGUUAAAUUUUGUCCAGUUAGUGUCAUUGUUGAUGAAGAUUGUAGACCGUGUGGCCAUAAAUGUAUUUAUGAAGAUGAUCCAAGUUUAAUGCCAACUUCAACUGCUCGAAAGAGUGCUAAAAGUUCUUCAAGAAAGGAGGAGCUGAAGAAUUUUGUGAAGGAGAAAGAUUCUGGAGUUAGCAAUAAAGCAAGAGAUUAUCUACGGAGCUAUCAAAGGAAGGCUACUGGUAAAUUGGAUUUGAGAGGCUUUAUUGACGAUUAUGAGGAUAAUGAUGAUGAUGCUUUGAGUUAUUCAAGUUCUGAUCUUUUUGAGUUGGAUCAUCUCGUUGGAAUUGGAAGGUAUAGAGAGGAGCUGCCAGUGUAUGAAACUACUAGUUUGAAAACUAAUCAAGCCAUUGCUAAUGGCUUCAUAUUGUAACUCAGUAUCAUCUUUCAAAUCGUGAUUAUUGGU